AUGUCGGACUACUACAACCGCCAAGGAGGAGACCCUCGCGAGUAUGGCGGUGGUGGCCGCGGUGGAGAUAACUACUAUGACCAGAGCCAACGCUUUGACGAUAGCGAGCAAAGCGGAGGCCGCAGGGACGACUAUGGCGAACGUCGUCAACAAGGAGGAUACGGAGGAGGGGAUGGUUAUGGCCGACAGGAAGGGCGUUAUGGAGGAGGUGAUGGCUAUGGUGAUGGUGGGACGAGUGGAGGUUACGGAGAUGAGCCACCUCGCCAUCAUGGUCGUCGCGAUGAUGAAGGCUAUGGUCGUCAGGAAGAAGGUCAUCACAGACGCCACGACGCUGAAGGAUAUAGUGGCAGCUCCGGUGCAGGAGGAGGAGGAGGAGGGUAUGGGGGCGAUGGCAGCUAUGGAAGACCCUCCGGUGGAGGAUAUGGAGGAGGUGGAUCUGCCGACUAUGACCAAGACGAAGUGAUGCGACACAGCCAACAACACGGUAACCCGGAAGACUCUAGUCUUUUUUCUCAAGCCAUGUCGUUCCUCAACCAAAACAAGCACAGCGCUCAAUCCGAGGACGUGGACGAAGGUCGGAUGCAGCAAAGCCAUCAGAUGCUUUACCAGCAAGGUGGUGGCGGCCAGCAACAUGAUGCUUCUAGCUUAGGCGCAGGGGCUGCAAUGCAGGCCUUGAAGAUGUUCUCUGGUUCUAGCGGAGGCGGAUCCCAGUCUCAGAUGAUUUCCAUGGCUAUGCAAGAAGCCUCGAAACUGUUCGACAAGCAGAGCAACAUGGGCAAUGUUCAGGGCGGAACAGACAAGCAGUCGGCAGUCAACAUGGCUGCAAAAAUGGCCCUUCAAAUGUACACGAAGAGCCAAGGAGGUGGUGGUGGCGGUGGUGCCUCUGGGCUGAUGAGCCUUGCCAGCAAAUUCUUCUCUUGA